AGGGUGCGGCUACACGCAGCUCUCUACAGGCCAUGACCUGGUAGAGGGAUGUGGGUAACUAGACUUGGAUUUGGAGGUGAUGGACACCAAGCCUGCAGGGGAUGGGACCUUCCAGAAGUGGGCAGCUGUGGUGGUGCCUUCUGGGGAGGAGCAGAGAUACACAUGCCAUGUGGAUCAUGAAGGGCUGUCUGAGUCCAUUACCCUGAGAUGGGAACCUCCUCAGUCCUCUGUCCCCAUCAUCCCAGUUGUUACUGGCCUGGUUCUUGGAGUUGUGCUUAUGGGAGCUGUGGUGACUUUACUGAUGUGGAAGAGGAGGACUAAAGGGUAAGACAGCUGGACUGAGCCUAACAGGAUUUAUUCUGUUUUCUCUUUUCCCACUGUGGCUUCAAGACCUGAUGACUUCUCUUCCUGCAUCUGACUGUGACUAUGUGUCUGUCUCCUGAGAGCACAGUGUGAACAGGUGAUGAGUCCAGCCCUGCCCUGAGCAGCAAUAAGUCCCAUCCACACACUGAUCCUCAUUCCUUCCCCAGUCAUCACUGCUGCUCCAACAGGGGCUGGGCUGGCAAACCUCCACCCCUGACUGAACUUUAGUUUCCACUGAGCUACAACUUCAUUCAUCAUCCUUGAAAUUAAGCAUUUUUAUGGUUGUGCAACUUCUUUAAGAAGGGGGUAUUUGACUAAUGUACUAAAGUUGAGUCAAAUUUGAUGGAGAAAAUAAAG